UCCCUGCUGGGAGCAGGAUCAAUCAUCGUUCUCACUGCCCCUGACGACCUCGCAGACCCAGUCAGCCAUGGCCGGCAAGAGCCUGCAAGACCUGAAGCAGCAAGUGGAAGGGGCUGCCCAGGAGGCGGUGACCGCAGCCGGAGCAGCAGCUCAGCAAGUGGUGGACCAGGCAACAGAAGCGGGGCAGAAAGCCUUGGACCAGGUGGCUAAAUCCACCCAGGACACCGUGGACAAGACCGCUAACCAAGCCUCUGAGGCUUUCUCAGGGUUUGGGAAAAAAUUAGGCAUUAUGAAGUGAGAAAGGGCGCCAUGGGCAACUCCCCCGCGGGCCCUGGGCUGGGGCAGCUGCUGCCCCCUUCACCUGCCGCCUCAUUAAAGCACAUGUUCCUA